AUGACAGCGGCGUUCGCGCUACGAGACGCUGUCUCUAUCGGGGCCUCUGUUUCCACAAAACAAGAGAAAGGUACUUUUUUUUAAAUAAUAUACAUAUACAGAUUUAAUUCUAACGAUGAAAAUUGAUACAAGAUCAACUACUUACUUCUUGCAGAAGUAAUUGGAAGCUGUCUUAUAUGCGGAGAACCGUCCACCGGCAAGCACUACGGAAUAGUUGCCUGCCUCGGCUGCAAGACUUUUUUCCGGAGGUGAGUCAAAGAUAAAAGACGGAUUUGCGACGGUGGAGGUACUUCUAUUGGUAGAGACCUCUUUGUAGGGCAGUUGUGCAGCGUCAAGAUACGGCCUGCAAGAGAGAGAGCGCGUGCGAAGUGGACACGAUGGCUCGGAAAGCGUGUCGUGCUUGUCGUUACCGCAAGUGCCUCGAGUCCGGCAUGAGCAAAGAAGGUUCGACCUUCAAGUUGUCUCUCAGUGAACUGAGUUGGUACAGCUCUGCAGCCUCGUCGAGAUCUCAUCGGCUGCCGUCGCAUCCGAAGUCGACCUAAACCUUGUGCAACGUCGCCGUCAGUCGCUCCUAGCACUUCCAGGACGCCGGUCGACGAAGAAGCCAUCAACAAAGCACAGUUAGUGCAGCUCAUCGAACGACUCACCACAAUUGAUGCUCGUCUGAGGUUCGUUUCUUUUUGUUCGUAUGAAGUCGGCUCUCUUACUGGUAGUGUAUGACGUAGCACCAAUAAUUUCUUUUUGUUUUUUUUUCACAGAUUCAUAGCGCUCAUCAAAAAAGUUGUAAUUUAGUUGUUUAUUCAAUUACCUUUCUCGGUUUUUAGUUUUUCAGGUCAUCGAGAGUAACCUAUUUUUUCAUUCAGAAAAAAAUUUAAAAUUUCCCAGUAAAUGCGGCUUCUUUCAUGGUAUAGUCAUUUCAUCCCGGCUUCUGAAGCGAGAGAGGCGGAGAAGUGUGUGGGACGCGUAGCGUGUGCGUUCGCAGUUUUCGGCACUAGUUCAAUUCAAACCAAACCGACAAUUUAAAAAGCUCGGUCACCGCUUUUCUUGUAGCUGUUCUACUAUUUUUAAUUCACACAUAAAAGAGAUCAAUAAAUAAUGGAAAAAAAGAGAGAAAUCUAUUUUUUCAAAUUAUUGCCUUUUAGCGGAACUAAAAGCGGUAAUCUGGAAAAUAAUCUAGGCUUUCUCAUUAUUUUUGAGCCAGGAUGAGAGUAACUAAAAUUUCGACCCUCUUGAUCUAUAAUGUUUUACAGAAAAAGAAAGUUCAGUCUGGUGAAUUCUUUGCAAGAAGCUGUAAACUUAUCACAAACGAUACAGCAAGGCAGUGGAAAAGUUUCGACCUGACAGAGCCCUUGAAAAACGGAAUUUUUCAGUUGCACAACGAGAACAUUCACAACAAGCUGAUGAUUAUGCUGGGGACAGACAUCGCGAUCGUGACGCAGGCCGACCUGAUGAUGAUGAUCGAAUGGACGCGCACCUUGCCUGUCUUCACCAGUCUGCCUGUCAGCGACCGCAUCCAGAUCCUCAAGGUGCAACACUCCUUCGAGAUGAAAAAGCCAAGCGCACAGCUUUUCAGAGGUUCGCUGUUCAGAACUUGAUCAUUGAGCACGGCUAUUACACGGCGUCAUCUAACGUCGACGACGUCUGGAUUGUUUCCAACGGCACUUGUAUGCCGAGAAACGUUGAAGUUUUGCCUGAGGAGAGCAAGGUAAAAUACUGGACUAAAUUUAUGAAAUAAUAAUUAAACAUCGUCAUCGGAACCGGUGUAUCACUUCGCGUAUUUAUAUGUUAUCGCUAUUUUUUCGUGAAGGUUUUUUUUUACUUUCUUUGAAAAUCACUCGUUAUUUUCAUGAUUCCUUUUCAACUAUGCAUUUGAAACCUUUCAGGUGUCAAUUUCUGCAGACCGACGAUGGCGUCAGGAAAAGCUCUACAAGCAAAUGACUGACACAUGUAUUGACGAGGUUAUUCAAAAAGUUGUCAGUAGAGCAAUGUUAUGUUCACAGGUCGCAAGGCCGUUACGCAACUUGCAGCUCUCGUCGCAAGAACUCGUCGCCCUCAAAAUCAUCGUGCUUUUCAACUGCGGCUGUGCCUCUGGUAAACGAUUCUGCGCGGUGUCGUCAAUCGAGCGUUUUUCAGCCGAGUAUUCGAACAUCAGCGAGUCAUCGCGUCGCGCUGUCAUGGCGUUUCGCAACCGCGUCGUUUCGGCUCUUUUCGCCUACUACGAACACGUCGGCCUACCUAAUUAUCCUGGUGAGUCUGAGACUUUUAUGAUGAUAAUUCAUUUUUAUGUUCCUAUUUGAAUAAAACCUAUUCAAGAACGCUUUGGAAACGUGAUUCUGAUGACGUCCGGAGUAACAUCGGCCGCAUCGGCUUUGCUUGAGAGCUACCAAGUUGGCGCCCCGAAACGGUCUCUAAUAUCUCGCGUUUCUCUAGGUGAUGCGGUUGUUCAAAAUUGCGCCGUUCGACCCGCUGUCGGAGGAACUUCUUUUCAACUUUUAG